AUGUUCCGAAGUACCGCAUCAUCAGCCAAGCAGGCUAUCAAGCUGCUCGAGCGCCAACCCAUCGCUCCAGCUGCCCGCCUAUCCCUCCCCGUAGCUCGUCCACCUGUCCUCCCCCCGACUGCGUACCGAGGCUUCCACGCCACCUCCCGCUCUUCGGCGCAAUAUGAGCGCUUCAACUCGCCGUAUCGCACACCUCCACCUGGACCGUCUGGAGGCUCUGGUGGGCCACGGGGGCGGCCAGACUUUGGGGGGUAUCUGAAGAGACGGUUAGGCGGGGAUCGGGCGGUAUGGAUCUACGGGAUUGGAGUGGGCGGGGCGGUGGUGUACUAUGUUGUCCACCUGGAGCGAGUAGCGGAGACUGGUAGAUUACGCUUCAUCGACGUCAGCGAAGCGCAAGAACGAGAGAUGGGCUAUCAGACCCAACUGCAAACGCUCUCCGAGUACUCGACCAACCUCCUCCCGCCCUCGCAUCCCUCCUCAAAGCGCGUCCGCGCAAUAGCAAGCCGGAUCAUCGAGUCCUCCGGUCUCGGGCGGGUCAAGAGCGGGACAGAGCUCGGCGCCGUGGAGGGGAAAGUACCGUCCUUCGGUGGAGGGGGAGAGAUAGGUGGGCUCGACGUGGGGGAGGUGCUCUUUGGGGGGUCGGAGGGGAAUGCGGUGCGGGAGGGGAAGGAGACGGAGUGGGAGGUGUAUGUGGUGGAUGACAAGAGCGUGAAGAAUGCCUUCGUCCUCCCCGGAGGCAAGAUCUUCGUCUUUACCGGGAUCUUGCCCGUCAGCGCCAACGACGACGGGCUCGCGACCGUACUCGGACACGAGAUCGCACAUCAGGUGGCGAGACAUCCUGCUGAACGCAUGAGCUCGAUGAAGGUGCUCUUCGGGAUCGGAUUUCUGCUCGAGUCUCUGGGUCUUGAUGUCGGGAUAUCGCGUAUUCUUUUGACCUUCUUGUAUCAACUACCAAAUUCGCGAAAGUCAGAGUCUGAGGCGGACUACAUCGGUCUUCGCUUGAUGUCUAAAGCUUGUUUUGAUCCGUCCGAGUCAACAAAGAUGUGGGAACGGAUGUCACAGUCCGAAGGUGGUGGCAAGAGCAUGAAUGUCGACUUCUUAUCAACUCACCCGGCUAACGCAAAGCGGAUAAAGGUGAGCUAG